CCGGAGCAGAGGCGGCGGGCGCCAUGGGGUCGGUGUCCCUGAAAUUGCCGGCGUCCCGCCGCCGGCACGGCCGGGUCCUCACCUGCCUCUGCUCCCCGGCGCUGCUCAACCUCCUCAUGCUCAUCUCCCUCCUCUCCACCAACCUCCUCGCUUUCUUUGCUUUCUUCGCCGCCUCCCCCCGCCACGACCCCGCCACCGAAACCCACUCCUCCAACCUCUCCGCGCACGUGGCCGCCAUCGCGCGCGAGAUCGGCGGCGCCUCCUCCACCGCCGCGAGCCUCCCCGACGGCCUGCCCCCGGAGCUGCUCCUCUUCCUCACCCCGCACGCGCUCCCGCUCGGCCGCGACGCGCGGUCCGGGCUCACCCACAUGCAGUCCUCCGUCGCCACCGCCUGCCUCCGGUCCCCCUCCGCGCUCGCCCUCCUCUCGACCUUCAUGGCCUACGCGCCCCACUCCUCCUGCCCGCGCAACGCCACCCUCCCGCGCCGACUCGUCUCCAAGGGGUGCGACCCGCUCCCCCGCCGCCGCUGCCUCUCCCGCGGGCCCCGCGCCGCGCUCCCGGCCUCCUCCGCCAUGGGCGUCGACAACCGCCGCUGGGUCGCCCCCCCGCGGCACGGCCACGAGUUCCUCGUCGACGACGUGCUGCGGCUGAGCGCGCGCUCCAAGAUCCGGAUUGGCUUCGACGUCGCCGGCGGCGCCGCCAACUUCGCCGCCCGGAUGCGGGAGCGCGGGGUGACCGUCGUCACCUCGGUGCUCGACGGCGCCGGGAAGCCGAUGAACGAGUUCGUGGCGGCGAGGGGCCUGUUCCCGCUGCUGCUCUCGCCGGCGCAACGCUUCCCCUUCUACGACGGGGUGUUCGACCUGGUGCACGUCGGCGCCACGGCGUUGGACGAAGCCGGCGCGCCGGCGAUGGGGCAGGCGGGCACACCAGAGGCGCUGGAGUUCUUCAUGUUCGACGUCGACCGGGUGCUGCGCGUCGGUGGGCUGCUCUGGAUUGACAGCUACCUGUGCCAGAGUGAGGACAGGAGGCGGGUGGUUGUGAAGCUCAUAGAGAGGUUUGCUUACAAGAAGCUCAAGUGGGUUGCCGGAGAGAAGCCCGGCAGCUCAACAACAUCAAUCUACAUCUCUGCAGUGCUGCGGAAGCCGGCAAGGGGCUGAAAUUUUAUGGAAAGAUGGUUUCAUCCAGGCUCCCUGAUCGGAGGUACGAAUGUACCUUCCAGUUAUUAGUAGCGCUUCACAGAUUAUGAAAGGAGAAUGAUGUUUUGUUGGUGUCACGGAUUAUUUUGGACUACGGAUGAAAUCGGUGCUACGGAUUAUUAUUAUUAGGUUGAUUCAAUUGGUUCUUGAGAGAUAGUAGCUCAAAAUAAGUGAAAUACUCCAUGUAGUACAAUUCUUCUACAUCUGAUUCUGUAAUAGGCUGCCACUAGAUAUGAUACGGACCAUGCAGUACUUUGUUGCUCUGCUGGGGAAUUGCAGUCCAAAGAGGUUGACAAAUGAUGUGAUAUUUCAUUUCAGGAAGAACAUGGAAUUAACUGAUGCUCUUUGAGCAACAUAUUAAUGAAAUGGUCCCUCUGAGUCUAUUAUU